UGACGAUUCAAAAAUAGCUUUGUCAACAAUAAUUAUGUUUAACUAGUCUAUGGUUGCUAUACUAACAAAUACAAUAAAAUAAUUUUCACUUGGCGUACCGAUUCAUUUUGUUUUAUAUAAUUUGUUUGGAUAUGAGAUUCUCAGGAAUCGUGCGAUUCAUCAAUGCCGGCCGAUUUCUUCAACGCCUUCCUACCUACCAUGCUUACCGAAAAUUUCAAACAAAGCCGUCUUGUCAACGUGCGUUUUCCACGGGUUCUAAAACUAAUUGGAAAAAUACCGCUGCUCAACAUCGAUGGGCGCCCGAAAUAUUGGACAAUCAAUACUAUUGGGAACACCCGAUAUAUACUGGUUUUCUUUUAUGGAUUCGUGGUAUACGUCCUUAUAUUGAGAAAUUAUUUCAGGACUCUUUUUUAACCAGCAAAUCCUUUGUUUUAAACAUUCUAUGGUUACCUUAUAAAAAUUUUCUUGUUAGACAUAAUCCUGAUAUUCGUUUGAAAAUUAUCUACUUUACAUCUUUUUUUUUUACUAUUCAAACAAUCAAUAUUGGAUUAAGCCGUUGGUAUCAGUCGCUUAUGGAUAUGAAAAGAAACCGAACAUUACAACUAGUAAAAGAGUCAGAAGAUUCCGGCUUUUUUAAUACGCAAAUGGACGAUGAUCAGUAUAGAAGACGAAAUUACCAAGCAGAUCACGAAAGGUUAUCUAAACUUUGGGAAACAGCAUUGCAAAACGCUUCAAAACACACGGAGGACUGUGAUGCAGGAUUUGCCAAACUGUGCUCAUACAUUGUUGUUCCAUUGGAAAACUCCAAUAUAACCACACCCAAGACGUGGACAUUCGAUUUAAUUCCUUAUGGAAAAAACAAUCGAAAUACUAAAACGUUUCCUAUUCCUUUUCACGAACAGCCUCACCGUGCUUUCGCUUUUAAUACAACGUAUACAAACCUGGUUGCUGAUUGGGGAGAUUAUAUUGAUAGGCUUGAUAACAAACAGGCUACUAUACGUCCGACUCGUAUCAUGUUUACGGAUGUGUUUAUUCCCCCAACCAAAUAAAUAAAGCAAAUGAAUCAUCGAAAUUACUUCAACAUACAAUCUUGUUUAAACGCUUUUUAAAGUAUUUAGACCUUGCUAAAUAUUAUUACCAAAUUUCAAACAAUCUGUACCGUUUAUCGAGCAAGUUUUUACAGACCAUAUGACUUUGAAAUUAAUUAUUCACAGAGUGUUUCAAUGAAUUUGGAUACAUGUUUUUACAAAUUAUUAUCUUUUAAUAGAGUCUAGUGUUUUAUUUAAAUAAUGGAGUAAAAUUAAAUAACGAUUCUAUCCUUGAAGAUGCUAGGAGAGUGCAUAUUCUCUAAUUUCAAUCAUAACAGUUUUUAAGAAAACUGUUUUUUUACGAAGCCAUUUUAAGUAAAAAGAAUUUGAAAAAUUUUACUUUGUUUUAAAUAUUUGCGCACAUAAAUUAUAAGUAACCUACCAGUUUUCCGAGCCUCUCUAAUGAAUGUUUGUCUAUAUUAUUUAGCGCCAACGAGAAAAGUCGUGUGUGAUGAAACCAAGAAUUCAAAAAAGCAACAUAAUUGGUAUAUUUUUUUGUCCAAAAAUUAAAAAUAUACUUUUAAAACUACGUCAGAUAUUUAAAUAAGUCACCAUGAGAACAAUUUUAAACCCUAAAUUAUAAUAUGUAUUGCGUUCUAUUUAAUAAGCUCGGAUCAAGUUGUGGAACCUAUGUUACUGAAUUUGUGAAUAAGCCUGGACAAAGAUUGUUAGCAUGUCAAAAAACCUUAACCUUAAAAAUGAAUUCCAUACUUUUUUUUUUGGUAUAGAAAUAAGUUCCGAGCGAAACCUUCAUUGUACAUGCACAACUCGAUGUAAAAAAAAAAUUGUACAAAACAAAAAGGCUUAAAG